CCCCGAGUCUCACUUUCUCGCAGCGAUGUCGCAGCUCCGUGCAAGGCCUCUGCGAAGGUUCGCACCCCAGAAGCCGCCUAAACCUCCGGCGACAGUCUGCAAGAAUAGCUCGGCAGUCACGCACGUGGCCUGGUGAUGGGCGGGUUGACGGCGGGGGCGAUGUGAAGGGCUGGGUACACGGCUUGGUGCUCGCCCUUCUCAACCCUUCGCUCUUCUCUUCCUCAUUCUCCAGUCUCCCUUUCGUCCCAGUCCGUCCACAGACAUGCUCAGCCUACCGACCCUCGUCUCUCUUUUGCUCCUCGCUGUCCCCAACGCCGUUCUGGCAACCCCCUGCGUCUCUUUCGACGCCGACUUCAAUCUCUUGGCCUUCGGUUUCGACGGCAAGGAUUGGAAUGCUGGCCAGCAGGACUCAUGGACGAGCGGCUCCGCUACUGACAUCACCGCCUCUGGAAGACCACCAUUCGACGGCAACAGCACCACCUGCUACCUCGCCCAGUUCUUCAACGCCGUUUACUUCAUAAACGCGGACAAGGCCAACCCGUCCAACGUGCACAUCUAUGAUGCCGGCGCCAAGUCAUGGUCCACCCAGUCCGUGAACGCCGGUACCUUCGAUGUCUUCUCCUUCGAUACCAUCCUCGACCACGACACGAACGUCUUCUACGCGGUCUCCCACAACGAGGUCUUCUUCCUGGACAUGGGCAACCUCAAAACUGCCAACGCCACCGCUCUGGACUGGAAUGAUGUCCAGGCGGCGCCCUUCCCCGCCGACUACAAGCCCAUCAUGGGGCUCGCGCAGAACCACGUCCACUUCUUGAACGUCCCCGACAUUCCCGCAGGCUCCGCUGACAUCUUCGUCAUUCACUUCUCGCUCUUCCAGCCUGCGCCCCAAGCGUACCCGCUCUCCGACGGCUCUGCGAUUCCCAACUCGCACGGCCUCACAGCAAGCUUCUUCCAGGCCGAGGGCGUGCAGCAGGAGUUCGCCUUCAUCCCCGACGACGGCUCGCUCACCUACGUCAUCAACGUCGAGACAAACACCACCAAAACGAUCGCCGGCCCGACGACGAAGGACGCAAACGCGCAGUACGCCGCGAGCAUCACCGCGCUCGUCCAGCUCGACAGCACCGGCGCGCUCUCCUUCAUCCCGUACAAGCAGGGCGACGACAGCGCGAACGGCGCCGCGACGUGGUCCGCCAUCUCGAAGGUCGCCGCGGUCGCGCCCCCGACAUCGUCUGGUGCCUCUGGCUCGUCGGCCUCGGCCGGAGCUUCCGGCACCGCUACCGGCUCUGCGUCGAAGUCGACCGGGUCUGCUGGUAGCAAGUCCGGCACGGCGACGGGUGCGGCUGCCGCUACGGGCACCGAUGGCGCGAACGGUGCCCUGACGAACGCGGUGAGCUUCGGCGCUGUCGCGGGUGCCGUGAUGGCGCUCUUCGCGGCGCUGCAGUAACCGUUACGCGCGUGUAUGCAUUCCGAGAGGGACAUUUGUGCGCAUGUUGGAAGACGGACGCUCUCACCGGAUUACCCCCCACUAGCUAUCGAUCGUACUCCCCCCCACACUUACGCCUCCGCUUCCGCCUCACCCCUUACCUCUCUAGGAUACGUGUUACGGACGCACUCACACCUCGGACACUAGUUACAUGCCGUGCGCACUCCGCCUUUGGGGGAUGAUGAUAUACGGUAUGCGGCGUCCCGCUCGUUACGAACUACGGUCUUUACCUGCGACUUGUCCGCUGGCGAGCUGGCCUUGGGUGGAACGUCCCUGUCCGUGCCCCGAUUCGCGUCUGUCGUAAUAAUAUAUGAUACCGC